UUAUGGGUAAAAGUACGCCUGGUAUCCGCCCAUAUACGCGUAAAGCAGGCCAGACGGAGCAGCUAGGCCGGGGCGCUGGAUCAAAUGGAAAGUUCAAUCGAUUAAUUUGCUCACUUUUUCGCAUGUUCUCUCUUGCUUGUGAACCGACGACAGAUCAACUUAAAUGCGGGAGUUUUGGUGAGAAAUAGGAAAUGCAGAGAUCGUGUGAAACGAGAGGAAUAUCAGCUUGACUCGGUCGCUACUUCGGACGCGGAACUCCACUCAGUAAAAGGUGAAUCAUGACAGAAUAUAAACUGGUUGUGGUGGGAGCUGGUGGCGUUGGCAAAAGCGCGCUUACCAUUCAGCUCAUCCAGAAUCACUUCGUGGAUGAAUAUGACCCCACCAUUGAGGACUCUUACAGAAAGCAGGUAGUCAUUGACGGAGAGACAUGUCUACUGGACAUCCUGGACACAGCAGGUCAGGAGGAGUACAGCGCCAUGAGGGAUCAAUACAUGAGGACAGGGGAGGGUUUCCUCUGUGUCUUUGCCAUCAACAACACCAAGUCCUUUGAAGACAUUCACCACUAUAGAGAACAGAUUAAGCGGGUGAAGGACUCUGAGGACGUCCCCAUGGUGCUGGUGGGGAACAAGUGUGACCUCCCGUCCCGGACAGUGGACACAAAGCAGGCUCAGGACUUAGCACGUAGCUACGGCAUUCCCUUUAUUGAGACCUCAGCCAAAACCAGACAGAGAGUGGAAGAUGCCUUUUACACUCUGGUACGGGAGAUCAGGCUGUACCGGGUCAAUAAGAUCAGCAAGGAAGAAAAGACUCCGCGCUGUGUCAAGCUUAAAAAGUGUGUUGUGAUGGGCGUUGACGAUGCCUUUUACACGUUAGUGCGAGAAAUCCGGAAGCAUAAGGAGAAGAUGAGCAAGGAGGGCAAAAAGAAGAAAAAGAAGUCCAAGACAAAGUGUACAAUUAUGUGAAUAAUGAUUCCCUUUUAAGACAAAAAAAUGCAACUAUGUUGAACAGUUCAAGUAAUACAUUUUGUACAUUACACUAAAUUAUUAGCCUAUUUCUCCAUACCCACACAAUACUAAACCUGAACUGAAUUUUCUGCCUUUUCUUUUUUUUUUUUUUCCUCUCUUCUUAUUUGCUUCUUUGGACACCAAUAAGCUUCAUUUUCAGUUUAGUGCCAGUUGCCCACAAUAUGGGUUCAAGAGCCUGAUGAAUUUAGAAUUUUUAUUUUUUAAAUGAUAAUGCUGAUUUGGAGCAUUUUACAGAGCUGGGAGCCAAUUGCAUUGCAAAUUAUGUUUAACAAAUUAUUCAUUAAACCUUGAGUUAAUUUUCUCUUUGCUUGAAAGGUCAUGUUCUCUAAUGACCUUUUUAAAAGUAUGGGAUGCCAAAGAAUGAAUUUUCAUCCCGCUCACGUAGACAAUAUGGAUAUGAAGAAAGGACCAACAGUCAGCCAGAUGAGAUCCAAUCCCAGCCCCUGUGUUUUGUCCCCGUCUCUAACGACCUCUAGGUAUGACUUAGCUAUGUCACUGAUAAGUAUGCAUGCAAACUCCUACUCAUCUCUGAAUGUUUUUAACACCUUCAUUAGUUAUUAAUUAAUUUGUAAUUUGUCUUUUCUUAGUACUGUGUGUUCUUGCCAUGAGGUGAGAGAGAUUUUCUUUUUUUUUCUUUUCUUCUCCCCUUUUUGCAUGAAUUAUGUCCUAGAAGACAUGGGUAAACUGCCUCUGGUCGAUGGAUUAAACGAAGCCAGCGAUAAAGAACUCUGACUCGAUUGGACAUAGUCUAGUUUUUCAGGUUUUUUGAAAGUAGUUUUUUGCUUUUGUUUGGUUUUGUGAGAAAUAAAUCUGCCUUUUUUUUUUUCUUUUUAAAGCAGAAAUUCUAAGCAAGAUAUAUAUUUUUGAACCCAUUUUUGUCUUAAUAAAAUGGGACUAGCAGCCACAUUAUGUGGGUCAUUUUGUGUUGCCUUUUUUGACUUCGGUUAAAAGUUUCCUGCUUUUCGUUAGGCUAAGAUUUGACUGUAGGAUUGUUUUGAUUCAUCCUGACAAAUAAUCAUUUCAUCAAUAUAUGCUCAAAAACAGCUGUUAACAGCUGUCCUCCUCUUUGUGGACUUCAUAUUUGACCGUAAUGUUUAGGUUCACUGCAUAAUUUAAGGUUUGUCCAGCAGCAGAACAUAAGAGGCCACGGAGGUGUCUUGCGCACUAACUUCUUUGCUUGUGAGCAGCUAGAAAGCAGAACGAAUCCUUUACGCAGCUGUCAAGAAUAUUUGUCUUGGUGUGGAGUCACAGAGGUUGUUCAAAAUGUUGUCCAAAUAAAUUUUCAGAUUUUGUUUAGCUUUUCGAAGAGGGUUUUGUUUUUUUCUUUCUUCCCUUCUCUCUCCUACUCCUUGGAUUCUUUUGCUUGAGUGUUGAAAUUGUUUGUUGGCCUGCCUUUCAACAAAAAUGAUUGUCCAGCAAAAUAAUUUUUUUUUUUUUUUU